GUGUUCUGAGCGCAAAUUCCGGUCUGUGCUGAUAUCACUGACGAUGAGCAUCACGCACUCGCUGCAGUCGUUAUUUGCCUUCUACCCCAACUAUCGUAACUCUCUCGAGGCGUCCAGGCGUCGCAUACCGGAAGCCCCGCAGUUCAAAGCAUCACGCACUCGUCGCAUACCAUUAGCCAAUGAUGAUGGCGUGGAACGAUCGAAGGAGAGCAUCAAUGCAUUAGUGCUGUCAGAUUCACUUUGUGCUUCCAGAUUCUGUUGUUGUGGGAGAAGACGUUUCAUCGGAGCAUCUGGAGCGGCUCUGCUCCCGAUUUUACCUUCAAACGCAUCCGAAUUAGAGCGUGAUACGACUGCUGUGCUGAACAAAUUUCACCCUCCCAGACCAGAUUGGUAUGAGGAAUUAUAUGCAUCUAUCAUGGACAAGAGCAUAGCAGCUUAUGAGGAAGAGGUUGCAGGUUAUAAAGCAGAUUUAUUUAAAAAAUUGAGAGGAAAGAAUAAGAAGGUGAUGGAGCUUGGCAUUGGGACUGGCCCUAACCUCAAAUAUUAUGCUGAUGAAGCCGGUGUCAGUGUUGUCAGUGUAGACCCAAACAAGAAAAUGGAAAAAUAUGCCAAGGAAGCUGCAGUAGCUGCAGGUCUACCAUUGUCAUGCUUUAAUUUUAUCCAAACUGUUGGAGAGGCGUUGCCAGUAAGUGAUGCUUCCAUGGAUGCAGUUGUUGGGACACUUGUAUUAUGUUCUGUCAAAGAUGUUAAACUAACGCUUGAAGAGAUUAAAAGGGUACUGAAACCGGGUGGUCUCUAUGUAUUUAUGGAGCACGUGGCUGCACAAGAUGGAACAUUGCUAAGAUUCGCACAAGGUCUUCUGGAUCCUUUGCAACAGAUAGUAGCUGAUGGGUGUCAUCUCACGAGGGACACAGGAAAACUUAUUUCUGAAGCUGGGUUUUCAGAUGUUAACAUUAACACGACACUAUUAUCUACCUUCUCCAUCAUACGCCCACACAUAUAUGGAAUAGCAAGUAAAUAACAUCAAAUAAUGAUUGUGAUGCCUCGUGCAAUUCAUUUCUGUACCCUUUUUUGUUGAAGAUUGAUUUGCCAAUUAAUAGUUCCAGACUUCCAGUGAAA